CUCAUGGCACGUGUUACUGGAUGGGCCAUGGCAUGAGAUACCUAUACCAAGACCUGGCCAUUCCGCGAGAUGGGACUUGACUGGGCCUGAAAAAUACUACCAAGGUUUACCGGGUCGGCCCUUGGACGGUCUUGGUGGUGGGUCAGCAAUCUGUAGGGGGAUGGAGGAUGGAGGAUGGAGGAUG